AUGCGUGGCUCAUCUCUCAAGUUGCCGAUGCUGGAGGCGAAGGAACUUUUAUCGCUUUCGGAAGCAGUGCUUCAACAAAUAACUCAGCAUCCAUUCGGGGAUGUGGAUUAUCCUGCAAGAGAAAAGAAUGCUAUGGCUUUCUGUCGUGCCUAUAUCGAGCAUUACGCUUAUACAAACGAAAUCACUGAAGCUGACCUGAAUCGGGUGGGAGCUUUCCUUCUCCAAGUCGCAGCCCUCAAGUAUUGCUCUCUUCAGGAGAGAUCCUGUGUGGAAUUUUGCAAUGAAGACGAAAUGAUCGAAAGUCAGGACCACGAAUUUCUCCACAUGUUCUGCACAGCAACCCAAGGUUUGAUAGAGAUGCCAUCUGGACUGAAUGAACAGGAAUGGUGGGAACUUUUUGACAUUGUCGAUGGGCGAGUAUUUUUCUAUCUCCUUCGGGCGAUUAGAAGCGAAGGAGAGAUCCCCUCCAGAAUUCUAGAGCAAGCCCGUGUUCUCUAUAACGAGACUUUCAGAGGAUGGGACCGAGAAGUCAAGCAGCCCUUUGCUACACUCAAGUCAUCCAAGGGUUCACGCCCCCCACCAAAAGCUGAAAAGAACUUGACUGCAUUGCCUUUUAGUCAUCUCGCACUGGAAAGCUUUCUGAGAGACGUCGAGAUUGGAGAGUCAGAAGAGAUUCAGGAUUCUAACGCCGAGCUUCUCAAGGGCCGUGAGACACUUCCCGUUUGGUUUGAAAGGGCUCGACAGAAGAAAAUGCAGCGACGAAUGGCUGAAGUCAUUUCCUAUGCGGCCAGUCUUACUAGUUCAACUGGCAAGACGUUCAAUCGAGAAACUAUCGUGGUAGGCCCUCAACCGAGAAAAAGCAUUGUUACUGGCAGCAAGGUUGCCAAGCCCAAACAUCACAAACAAAAACCCGGAAAAGGAGGCAAGCAUAACGCCUUGUUGGAAGCACAAAAACGCAACGAUGAGAAAGAAAAGGUCAAACUAAUGGACAUCCUGAACCACUGGCGCGACAAGUACGAAUUUGAGAAGGUCAAUAGCCCAAUCGAUUGCUACCCCAGGGCUUUGGAUUUCCAAUCCAUAGGAUCUAGCGGCAGCCAUGAUGCCGUAAAGCCAGAGGUCCAGCUGUGUUUAUGUCAUAUAUUGAUGGAGAUAUGGAUCCAGGUGCGUAAGAAAACUCGUGAGGAUUCACUUGAAGUUUUGAAGAAGGCUCCCAAGUUAGUGAAGAAUACUCGACUUCUGCAACUUGAACAUGGCGGCCCCUACAUGGACAGACAAUUCGACUCUCGGCAUGAUACCAGCGUGCAGUUUGAGCCCGAUGCCUGGCAACGCGAUGUUAUCAAUUGUAUAGAUGCGAAUGAAAGCGUUUUGGUAGUAGCUCCAACAUCUGCCGGCAAAACAUUCAUUUCUUUCUACGCAAUGAAGAAAGUACUUGAAGAGAGUGACGACGGGGUUUUGGUCUACGUGGCGCCAACAAAAGCUUUGGUGAAUCAGAUUGCUGCGGAAAUAGAAGCACGAUUCUCCAAGUUAUACCAGAAGCAAACAGGCAAAUCGAUAUGGGCAGUUCAUACUCGGGACUACCGCAUCAAUAACCUGCCUCAGUACCAGAUCUUGGUCACUGUGCCUCAUAUGCUACCAAUCAUGUUACUGUCUCCCACAAAUGCGGUCGGCACAAAUGCGUGGUCUUGCCGAGUGAAGAGGAUAAUCUUCGACGAGGUCCAUUACAUAGGACAGGCGGAUGAUGGUGUUGUAUGGGAACAGCUGCUUCUCCUGGCACCUUGCCCAAUCAUUGCCCUUUCGGUCAUGGUAGGCAACCCUAACGAGCUCAGAGACUGGCUGUCGACUGCACAGGCGCAAAAGGGUUAUGAUAUGAAGAUAGUUGUUCACGGGGUGAGAUAUUCAGAUCUCCGUAAGUUUACAUAUGAUCCGCCGAAGGAUUUUGCCUUCGAGGUCCUCUCAAACUCGUCGCAGCUUCCUGUUCCUGGUUUAGAUGAAGGCGACAGCAUCAGUCACAACUUCAGAAACAGAUCUGUGUUGGACGACGUGAACCUGGAGGCUCAAGACUGUCUCACACUGUGGAAGCACAUGAGAAAAACAUUUCCUGAGACACUUUUGCCCGAGACAGCUAAACUAGAUCCCGUUAAUGUCUUACCUGAAUGGACCGAAAAGCAACAUGUUAUUGGAUGGGAAAAGGACCUGAAAGUUGUGCUCAGGAGAGUGAUGAAAAUGGAGAGCUCGCCAUUUCCUGACCUACCGGAGAGACCAACCCAGAGGAAGUUCAGGGAAACAGGCCAGGCAUGGCGACAAAGGGUCCAAAAGUUCGAGCAAUGGAAGAAACAGAAGGACAGUGACCGUGAUAUCGAUCGAUCUAAUAUUAUGGAAAGAUUCUUUCCCAAUCGGUCUAAAGAUGCAGGUGAUAAUAUUUCCAAGCUUGACCUGGUUCGUGAGGAAUCGGGUGAGGAGAUCAGUAGAUGGGAAAGCUUCGAACCGGAGGCACCUUUGGAUCAAUUCAGUUUUGCAGACAUGACAAAGAUGCAGCAACGUGAUUUCGACGAUUUGGUGUACAGUAUGGGCAGAGACAAGGUCGAAUCAUGGUUAAUCGAUGCUCUUCGUCGUGGGUUGGGCGUUCAUCACGCUGGUAUGAACCGACGCUAUCGUCAGAUAGGCUUUGAUCUUCUGGGUAAUAUUGUUUCCAAUGGUAUCUCCCAAGAGCGAGUUCAUGAAGUCAUGUCUUCGCGCCUACCGGCCCUGAGAGGCCAGUUUCUUGUUUCGGCUAUUCUGAUUCUUCAAUUGUUUAUCCUUCUUGGUGGCACUGGUAACUCCCCUUUUGCACUUAAUGCAGUCAAUGCGCUUUUGUCACAAACCCGAUUGUACCUCGGAGGACCAGAUGCCGAAAUGCCAGUCAAGCAUCAUCUAUGGUUCUCGAUCGAGUACUCGCGACGUCAGAAUCUUUUGUCGGCAAAAGGAGCACCUGUGAACUUUGCUGGGCUAGUCGGCCAUUUGUAUUUCACUGAGAAUGCCGUUUUUGCAUAUCACUCUUUGCUUCGGGGAGGCUAUUUUCACAAAUUGUGUGAAGAUAUUGAAGAUGCUCAGGAACGGGUUCUUUGUGAAUUGAUGCUGGUACUCAGUCAUCUUUUUAACCGCAUUCCCAUCAAGCGAACACCAAAGGUUGCCGCCAUAGCAGCCCAGUCUUCAUCAGAAAUCUUUUUGAGGCGGCUACCAGAGCCUGCAGAGAAGCUCCUUAUUGGCCACAAUCAGGAUGUGUUGUCAAUCUUCAAAGAUUAUGUUAAUUCAUACAUCAACCAGCACCUAGGGGAUGAACCAGACCGCGAACCACCCCUAAUCAAGGUGUUGGUUGGGCCCAGGAAGCCUUGCGAGUCCUCGUUUAUGGGUGGAAACCCAACAGUCAUUCGGUCACCGUUCGCAGCCCUGUCUGGAUUUGGUGAUGAUUUCACGACCAUCAAUGAUUUGUGCUCAGACGUGAGAGGUGGUAUUUUCUUGGAGGGGUCUGCCAUACCAUACAUCCCCAUCUGGCCUCAUGACACUGACACUGAAUUCAACGCUUAUAUCUACGACUUUUUUAAACACGGGAGUUUGAAGGUACUCGUACGUGAUAACCACAUCAAACAGGGAGAUGUCUGGUUUCACCUCAAAGAUUUUUCACUCGUGCUCAAGACCAUCGUGACCAGUCUAAAGGGCGUCAUGGGUGCUGAAGGAGACUACGAUCCUGACGAUCUUGACGAAGAUGACACCUACAUGGAGGAAUCAGAAGUCCUAAUUGAGGAAGCCGAGACACAGAAACCAGAAGAGGUUGUCAAGAAGAUCGUCAAACGUCCCAAAAAGGCCAAAGUUCAAGAGAGCUGGGAUGACGAUAGUGAAGAAGAGUCAGACCCUGAGAACACCGGAUCGACUACUGGGACGUCACAAUCGAACACGAACAGAAAGGGUGGAUUGAUCUUGGUGCUGAAGGCUUUCAAGUUAUUGGAGGAGGAGUUCUCAAAGAAGUUUUACAAGAUUGGGGCCUAG